AUGGAGUUACUGCCGAGGAUACAUGUAGCUAACAAGCAAUGCAAACAGUUACAUGCACCAUUCAUGCACACCAGAGCAAAGAGCAAAGUUAAUCCAUCAAUUCAGUGGAAGUAAGUGAGUACAGUAGGCUUACCACACCAACUAGCUCUACCAUAGACUACACUGAUUUAUCAGUUAACAUAAACAGAGUGUGAAGACCUAGCACUUCUUUUGUUAUCAUUGAAGAUGAGUUUUUGUGGAGUCCUCGUUUUAGAGAUGACUCUCACACGUCUCUUCCUGUGCGUUUUAACAGAGAGUCAAGCAAUAUUAAUGCCUUCAACUUACAGAAGAACAACUAGUUAUAUCAUCUACACACAGAAAUCUAUUGGUUUCCUUGCACACACAAAAGAAUCAGCUGCUGCCAUUCAGAAACGGCAAAUAAUACAUGUAGGUGGUUGUCCUGCACACACACUCAAAAACAAAUCAUAUGAAACAGUUGCUAUUGUCACACACAAGCAUUUACUAAACAAACAAUGGAGAACAAACAGUUGCCAUGGAUGCAAAGGAGAACAAGCAACUAGUAACCUUUUUCUUUGUUCCUCUAUCAAAUGUUUUGUAGGUUUGUGCAAACCAAAGAUGAUUUUUCUCUCAAGAUCAACUACCAUUUAUUACAAAAAGAGGUGAGUAAAAUAUUAUUAUUCAGCAAAUAGGAUUAUUUUAUUGUACAAUGAUGCCAUUUGACUAUGAUCAACAGAAUCCUUGUGGUUAUUUUUGUAUGGGUAAAUUAGGGAUUUUUAAUAAGAAAGCAACAAAGAAAUGGAUUUGUGUUUCGACCUUCAACCCUUCGUACUCUGAUUAUGUGUGUUUUGACCAUAUAUCAAGUGAAACGUCGCAAAGCACAGCGUUCGAGCAAAAGCGUUUGGACCUCUAAUCAUUGUCCCUUGCACUCCCUACCCUUUGGCAGGCCCGGAUCUAGAAUAAAUACCGACCGAUUUCCUAUUCUAGGGAGGACUGGGGGAAUGCUUCCCCGGGUAAUGUUUUGCAUUUUAACCCCCCAAAGUCCCCUUUCCUGGGUUUCUGAGCUAUUCAGACAGGAUAUUUAUUGACUCUCCAAACCAUUUUCCAGAUUUCAACUUGGAAGGUUUAAAGUUUUUACUAAAAAUAAUAUAUCUAUUAUGAAAUAUCGAACCGAUUUCCGUAAAACGGUGGAAACCGGUAUGGAUCCGCGCCCGUUUGGUUAUUACUUAAGUAGCAUAUCUAAUACUUUUAAGAAGCAAGCAGUAGUCAAAUUUCUUAAGCAACAGCAACCAUUAAUGUUUUUGGCCAAAAAUAUGCUUUUCUUCUGUUUCUGGUAUGCAACCACAAAUGUGGUGUCACAAAAGUCUCAGUUUUAUAACGCUGAUUCUGCAUAUUAUACUACAUGCUGACAGAUAAAUGUUGAAUUACCAAAAAAACCCAAUGGCUGUAAAUGAUGUGUGCAGGUAGACAAGCAAAAUGUCACAGUGAUCUGUUGGACAUAAUUGUGGGGGUGGGGUGAUGCAUGGUUUCUUAGACAACACACUUUGUUCCUUUCUAUGUUUGGUUGAAUACUUCACUCAAAUGCUCAAUCCCCUUUGUUUCAAUGUAUUCCCCUACAUAAAAAAUAAUAUUCUUUUUAUAAGGGAACAUUUUAAAACAAACUGGAUUGAGCAUUUGCGUCAGAAAUCCAAACAGUUAGGAAAGAGUCAAAAUCAAAAACCAGCAGGAAUGCAGGUCAAAAUUUUGAUGUGUCUUUAUUGUCUCUUAUUUGAUAAGUUAACACAACAAACAGGGCUUCCGGAAUUAUGUGUCUUUUUUUUCAGCAAAUUAUGUGCCAAAAAUCCCGAAUUAUGCGAAUUGCACAAUGUUGUGCCAUAUUUUUAAGCGAAGAUUUUAAUGUUUCAAUUUAUUAAGCUUGCAAAUCAAGUUAGUCAAAGUAAGUAAGUAAGUUAACAAAGUAAGUAAGUCAACAAAAACAACUUACUGACUGAUGCUGCUAAGAUUUUUUCAGGGUGAGCGAGGAAAGACACAUGUUUAUUAUUGAAAUAAAACAUAAAAGUACAAAUAUGAUGAGCAACAACAAUUCAUUACACCAAACGUAUUUCUCGUUCCUUCUUACAUGUUGGGUAGCGACACAAAGAAGCAAAAGCUCCAUUGACCAGAUUGACAUGGAAUUCAAAAGUGAAAUAGGUUCUCAUUGUAAAAUCUAAAGCUCACUAAUAUGCAUUUAUAGACCAUCUGUAUAUAUUUGCUUUGACACAUAAUGUUUCAAUGUUCAUCUCUUCCUGCUCCUCUUUAUAUACUGGUAAACCUGUUGUACCUCUUCCAACUGAGGAAAUCGGAGUGGACCACUUCCUUGGAUUUGAAGUGAACCAAAGAUUAGCCAGGAGGGGGAGCAGUCGUCAAUGUCAUCACAUUUGGGCCGGUCAAACACUUUUACCCCGACUGAGUGCAGGAACUUUAUUGUCAGAGUAGCAUUCUUGUUCCUUAGGACGUAACAAAUGUAGAAUGCUUCUGAUAUUCCACUGUAUAGUACUCCCCUUCUUGUCUUGGUUGUAACUUAUCUUCAACCUUCAUCCUGUGAAGCUCAAGUAACAUCUGCUUCUGGAUGGAAGGGAUUCUAUCACUGCUUACUGCUGCACCAGACAAACCUGGCAAGCAAGUGCAUACAUUGACAUCGCAAUCGUAUCCAUUCUCCUGCUGUAGUAGCUGGCCAUUAGCAUUGCUCACAAAACUCCAUUCAGUUGUUUCAUCAUCCAGAGAGGGAUCAAUUUCCUUUAGCAACUUCCACAUCUUUCGCAGUGCAACUUCGUGAGUAGGCUUGACAGAAGAUCCUUGAAGGCUGUCCAUAAUGACUAUCUGCACUUUUGCUUGGGCAAAGCCACAAGGAGAAACCAGUGCUUGCUCGUCACUGGGUUACACGGAACAAGGACAUACUGUACAUGUAAUCCUGCAUCAUGAGGUCAGCUUUAACUCCAAGAAGACCCACAGCAAGCUGACUGCUGAUCCCUUUCUCAAAAACUUCCCACUCUAUGGUUUCUGCAUUACACGUAGCUGUUUCGGCAAUAACUUUAAGGGAUGAAUCAAUAACAAAAUAUUUUAUUACUCAAGUAGUAUUGUCCUUGUCCUUCUGAUGGCCACCAUGGAGAGAGCUCAAUUAAAUCAUUACCAACAGUACAGAGGGAACUUCCUCCAAACUUUACUGAACUAUCAACCAUUGCAUUGACUAUUGCAUUUAGGUGGGCUGGAAAUUCAUUGGCUUCUGUUUUCUCAAAUUUAGCUGAGGUUUUCUUGUCAAGGCCACACUGUAUUUGAGGAUCAUUUGGUGAUGGGACCUUAACUGAUAAGGGAACUGGCGAGGAAGUCUUAACUUUCAUAGGUUUUAUGGGGUUCGCACCUUUCUCAGGUAUCCCUUUUUGUUCAUGGGUGGUAUUGAGCUUGUUUGGUGGUCUUGAUGAUGGAUUGGCCUGCCUUGAUGACUUCGUAGCUGGUUUGAAAAAACCUGAUACCUACAAGGAAUGAACAGGGUCAUCUGGACUGGCCACUGACUUGUUUGAUGUAUGCACUGAACUGCCAGAAGACCUAGACAGGAAUUUGAUAGGCGGGGCUACUAAAUUGCUGGACAUAGGAACAGAGCCAGUAGAAUCUGUAGGAAUUGGACUCUUUGGUCUUGGGUCUUUGUUGAUGGACUUUGUAAGUGAGUCACAAGGAAGUGGAGUAGUUGGAGUCCAUUCGGAGACCACCUACAAUACAAUAUAAUAAUCUUUAUUUACACCCUUAAUAAAAAAUACUAAACAGACUUCUAAUAAUAGUUGAAAAAUGGAAACGUACAACUGUACCUCUUCUCUAACUGUAGACUUAACUUGUAGAUUCCAGUUAAGGAAAUGGUAUGCGUUGAGGCUACUUGUUGGUGCGAAUGACAUUCACUUCCCAUCGAGAAUGUUGUUGUAAUUGGAAAAGCAGCACUCCACAUCAUAAGAACCCAGUGUCUCUGUGUAGUAGAUUGAGGCUACUUUGUACAGGUUGGGGAGUUCACUGGUAUUCGACUUCCAAAACAGCUUAACAUCUACCUUUCCAUUUGUGCUUCUUUUCACCGCCACUGGGCCAAUGACAUGGGCAUACAAAUCAGUCUCCAUAUGGGGCACAUCUUCAAUCCCUGGGAUACAGUUGGGUGUAAGGGUCGUAUCCAAACUCACAAGAUUGCGGGGAUCUAGUAUUCUGACAUCAUGUAGGAAAAGUACUGCCAGGUUGUCCCCUGCCCUCAUCUGUGUAUUUCUCUAGCUUCUGGUGUCGGAGAAUGCUAACCUGAAAUGGAAAUUUAAAACUGAUAUUUCUUUUUACAUCAUAUGGCUGUUUUAGUCAUAGGAAUAGGCCUAUGGUUGCACAAAAAAGUUUUACAAGUAAUUUAUCAUGAUUUUCCUCAUUAAAAAAUGAAAAGAAACGAGCUGGCAAGCUUUGUUUUCACUGGAUAUGUGCUAUUUACCUGACAGUGUGAGCAACAUCAGACUUCUCAUUGCUGGUAAAUGACAUCAAUGUGCCUUGGAAGCAGUAUUUUCAACUCAUCUUCGCUUAAUGAAGAAUUUGAGUUGAGGAUGCAAAAGAGACUCUUCAUUUUGUUGUGUGACUGUGUUACAUGAGGGAUUCUCUGUUGGAAAUAAUCCAUUAGAUGCAUCAAUAUUGGGCUGGUGUAAGCAACAACCCUGAGCUUGGCGUACGCGUGUAGCAUCUUCAUGAGUGUGUCGUCUCCAUACAUUUUCUCAAGGCGCAACAAAAGGCACUUACAGCAUUUUUACCACAUCACUGAAUCUCUUGGGUGAUGAAAUCCUCAUAGAUGUUGAAGUGCUUUGCUUGGUACACAGCUGAGUCAAACUAUGCUGACCAGCUCUUCGUUGAUGGAUUGGGAAGGAUAGUAGCUUUGCCUGGAUAUCACUGGCACAGUCAUUCAUGUAUUUCAGGAAACGACCUUUGUGCCCACAAAUUCCUCAUGCACUUGGCAAACUCUAUGACAAAGCUGACAUGUUGCUUAAAAUCACCAGCCACUAGACUUAUGAUGUGGCUGUGGCAGGUAAUAUGGACACGACUUGAGAAAAAACAUGAAAGCAUUUCCCUGAAAGCCUUUUUUCUGUAACUAGCGUUGUCAGUAUUACAAAUCAGGCCACCAUCAAAGUCUAUUCCAUAGUCAUUGAUAGGCUUUAACAACUGCUUGGGACACAGUCUUGUUAUUUGUUUCUGUCACAAAGUGGGUAUCUAACCCGUCAGCAAUGUUUCUGCCACUGGGAGAAAGCUUGUCGAAGUCCAGAAUUGUCGCCAUAAUGUCUAUUACACAAUGACCAUUGUCAUUGCCAAGCUCGUCUACCAUUAUGGCAACAUUGCCUCUUUUAUUUUCAACAAUUUUGCCUCUUUUAUUUUCUGCUUAAGUUUUUCCUUUUCUAACUCAUAAACAUCUAAUAAGUGGUCCUGAAGCUGUGUGCCCUUAGGGAUUGCGCCACAAUUGACUACACGGGAGAGAAGAUCGAAAUUCACGCAUUGUAGGAUUUUCUGAUUUGUUUAGCGGUAUGUUUGCAGCAGCACACGCCCUUAUCCACUCAUGGCAGACUUUCACUUUCUAUUCAUGAGCUGGAGCUUUGCACUUGAAUGAAGUCUUCAAUGUCUGUUGUUUCGCUUGCUUCAAAGAGGAUUCAUCCAUUUGCUUGAUGUGUGAAACAGCUGAAAGGUGCUUGUCAAGAAUUGACUUUGGGUGGUGAUCCACAACAACAUCACAGUUGAACAAAAUAAGAGAUUGUUAUCUGCAUGGAACUUCCCGGGAUAUUGCUUAGCCCUCUCUUGUGGUGUAAUGCUACGUGGCUUUUCCAUUGGUUUUACUUUUAAUACAAACUUAUCCAUUUUCAAAGUGAAAACACGGGAAAGAAAGUUGUUUUGCUGCCGAAUAAAUCGAAGCAGGGCGCUUUUUUUCUUUUCCAAUCAUGGCUCGUGCUAUAUAAAAAACUGGAGCACAGUCCCCAAUGGCCAGCAGAGUAGAACGCCUGAAUGCCUUGUUGAUUUGCGAUAUUUGUGAAUGCUUUUGCAACAAAACGGUGGCUAUUUGUUGCGAAAAUGUACUAUAUUUACAGGAAAAAAAUCUCCAUGCAACUCUCAAGGUAUGAAAAAACAUAGCUUGUUAAUAGAUUUUUCAAAAUUUUCAAAAAUUAUGUGCCAUGAUGGUUUUUUAAUUAUGCAAAUUAUGCGCCCAGAGCCAAAUUAUGCGAUUUCACAUCUGCGCUUAAUUCCGGAAGCCCUGAACAAAGUAAUAUGACAGGUAGACACUCUGCUCCUAUUUUGUUUUGUGGCAGGGGAGGUGGGGGGUGGAGGGAAGACAGCCUCAAGAAAAAAAAAUGUGACUUGCAAAAAAAGCCAAGUUUAAUACAUCUUAUUUAAUUACAUCUUGAAUUUUAAGAUGUAAUUGAAUAAGAUGUAUUAAACCUACUCUACUGUUUCCUUCAGUUAAACACAAUGUUCUCAACUAUGUGGGACGUUUCUGUUUUCAUUAUUACAUGUACAUGUAUAAUAAUGUCAUUGUAACUGCAGUUAUUUCCUUCAUCAGAUGAUGUCAAGCAAGCUCAGGAGAAGACCGUGA